GUUGUUUUGGUUAAUUUUGUAUAAUCCGUCAUUUCACGAGCUUGUGUCCUUUGAAAUGAAUCUGUCAAAUUUUAUGUUGUCACUGAUAAUGAAAGCUUUUCUCAGGAGUGCGAGGAUCUGAGAAAAGAAAACAAGUACUUAUCAAAUGAGAUCCACAUGGAGCGGAUCGCGAUGCGCACAGAGAACGAGCUGACCAUGAGGAACCUCAGGAACCUGAACCAGGAGCUGCAGGCUCAAGUCAAAGAGCUAAAGCACAAGCUGUAUCUGAGCCAGCAGAGGGCGACGUUGUGCUCACAAGCUGCAGACGAGGCCGAGGUGUCCAGAGGGGAAGCGGAGAAGAGCAGGGCCUCGGCUGAGGCCCGGGCCCUCGGGUGCCAGCGGGACAAAGAAGCAGCGGAGGCUGACAGGAGCCAUCUGAGUGAAGAACUGCAGCAGCUUAAAAAAGAGCACACUGAUCUGCAGCUUUUACUGGCACAGACAGAGAAGAAUUAUUUUGAAACCAAGCUGAAGCUGGACCGGGUGUCUGGAGAGAAACAGGUCCUGCUGCAAGAGAACAGGAGCCUGGAGGGGGACAGAGACGACCUCCGACACAAGCUGAGACACAUCACAGAAGAAAAUGUCCACAUUAAAGAGAGGGAGAUAAAUUCGAGGCGCAGAGCGAUGGCGUCAGAGGAGGAGAGCAAAAAGGCCAACCAGGCUCAGCGGGAGGCCGAGUCCGAGAGGCGUCUGGCCGAGAAGGAGAGGCAGGAACGAAUGGCGGAGUGUCUCAGCUGGAGGGAGAAACACCACGAGCUGGCCGACAGGUUCAGAGCUCAGGAGGACCUGAAGGCUCUGAGGCAGAGCAAAGCAUGUCAAGCCAACAUCAAGAGUUAUCUCCUCUGCAUGACAGAAAGUGACCAGAGGGUUAAAAUCCUUAAAAAUCAAGACGGCACACCAAGAAAUUUUACGGAGGGAGACCCCGUAUACAUCACCCCGGAGUCCAGUCCCGAAGAGCCCGAGAGGAGCUCAUCCAGGACCAUGUUCAGGGUCUCUGCCCCGCACACGGGCAGGGAUCUCGGUCCGAGUCACUUCGAUGAGCUGCCAGCCUUCGUAGGAGACCUGAGACCUGACUCGGCCCCUCAGCGCCGAAGCAGGAAGGUGGUGGAAUACUUUUGGAUCCCUACAGACCAGGAGUAGUCAACAGUUUGUUUUGUCACAGCGAAGAAAAGGUUGAAACCUGCCUGGCUGGAUCACGAUAGGAGACAGAGGAGAUCUUUGAGCGACAGAUCGGUUCUGAGUUACAAAAGUGUGAAAUGAUUGUUGUGGGGGAAAUGCUGAGAUGACAUGACAAAUACCCAGACCUCGAGACCCUGAAGAUCAUUAAACAGCCUGAGGUCAUGCAGCAGGGCAUCAUCUUCUGUUUUCAUACUGGGCAGGA